AAACCCAAAUUAUUGUUAAAAUAUUUAAUUUAUGAUAUAAAAUGUAUUGUAAUACAACCCAUUCCAUAAAGAGGCGGUUGGUAUAAACAAUAAUACAAGAUGGCGUCUCGUCAGAAGGGGUCGGUCUCAAAAGAAGGGGGAAUUUGGGAUUCCCGUACGCCUGCCUACUCCAAAGAGACGCAGGACUUAUUAAAGGUUAUGAUGCAAGAGUCAAAAUUAACUUCUUUUCAACAACGCCAACUUCAGAAUACUUUGAAAAAUGGAAGCAAACUUCCGUUGAAAUGCCACCCAACAAGUAGUGCCAAGCCGAGGCAGCCUGUGACGAAAUCGGUACCAGCUAGUGUAAAGGUGGACAUCAGUGGAUACCAGGGGGGCAUUCGAACCAGAGAUGAAAUUGAAGAUUCAGGGGCUUACGAAAGACCCAAAUAUUUGCCAGGCCCAAGCAGAAACCUUGAUAAAGAAAAACAAAGACUGCAAAACUUCAUGGCAUAUGGAGAAGAUUUAAAGAUUACAGAAAAACGCAAGAAAGAAGUUCUAAAAAUUCCUGAACCAAAGCCAAGUGUAGAUAGAUUUGAUGAAUUGCAAGAAGAAAUACAAGAACGACAAAACUUUUUGGAAGAGAUGGAGGGCUUGGGAAAAGGCAAGCAGUACAGAACUAUCAUAGGAACAGAAAUAUCACAGAAAAUCCGAGAGAUGGAAGUUAUAGACAAAAAGAGAACACAAGUACUGAAGAAAGCCUUAGAGAAGGAAAAGAAAUAUUUAGAGUCAUCAAGCAGUGGUUCAAUUCCUGGGCCUAAUUUUGAGGAACCAUCUGCUGAAGGGUGAAGCAGAAGAAAAUGCUGCGAAGAUGGGUUCGAGAGGUGCUGCGUCACAGGCUGUGCUGGACGAGAGAGGCUUAGCAUUCAUUAAUCUUGUAGGAGUGGAAAAAGAACCUAGCUACAUUAGUAUUUAUUCAGUUAACUUAAUGACGAUUCUUCAGAUCUUACAGACUGAUUUUUAAGGAACAUCUGUUUUAAAAUGUCUUCAUACAUUUAUUUUUGUUUUUAUUUAAAGUAAAGAAAACAUAAAAUAUUGUGACGAUUCAUGAUAGAAUUAUUAGUAAUAAUCAUCAUUAUUGAAUUGUGAAGAUCAAUCUAUCACACUAGAAACACUACAAUUAAAAAUUAUAUGAAUUUUAAAUAGUUUUUUCUUGACAUGUUUUGUAGAUAAAAAACAAUAGUAUAAUAUUAUUUUGUAACCAUAUUUGAAGACACUCCCUAUUAAAGAAUGUCUGGAAAAAAUGGAAGAAAAGAUAUAAAGAGUAAUGCCCUUGGGUCUGCCACUGGGUGUGUCGCAUUUCAUUUCAUUCAUAUAGUAAACAUUGGUGAAGACACGAUCAUAAAGGGCCUUGCCAAAUGACAUGGGCAAUAUAAUGGCGUCAGAUUAAGUUCACAGCCCCUUUAAAUUCAAAACCCAAAGCCUUCACUGUACAACAUUAGCCUGGUUCUCACGAGAGACCUAGUAUCCGGAUCGGGAGUUAACCAUUAGCGCUAACUGUUAGCACCUGUGUGAGAACGGCCGAUCUGUUAGCGCUAACCGUUAGCGGUAUCCGGAUACCGCUAACGGUUAGCAAGCACUCUCGGUUAGCAAGUUGGGCGCGUUUCUAUCAUCAACCAACAAUCAACAAUCAAUCAACACGUAUGCAUUUACAAUUUCCACUUUCUUAUUGACCAGUGAUUCAAUCAUCAUAUUCUUGGUAUCCGGAUCGGGAUCUUCUCGUAUAGAUGCACGGCAGCUAACGGUUAGUAGGAUCCGGAUCCUGCAAACCGUUAGCUGACGUGUGAAAACAUAGCCAUUGUCUAUUUUGCAAAUACUUACCUAUGUAAACUAGCUGUUGACAUUGUUUUUAGGUAAAAACAACCAUUCAGCCCAGGGCAGUGAUACAGAUGCUCAAAACUUGUGCAUACUCAUUCAUUGGGCCCUGUCUGUUCGUGUACUUAUGUUGUCUAGUGAAUUAAUUUGUGCUGUUGAAUAAAUGUUUUAAAUUGUAA